UUGUCAUCAACAACAAAAACUAAGUAUAUUAAACCAUGCCGAUAAACAAAUCCUAUGAGUCCGACGAUGAGACCACCACACCACGGGUAAAUUUCUUUGGACGUGAAAGGCCUGUGCAUGCUAUUCUUGGAGGAGGAAAAGUUGCGGAUGUGUUACUGUGGAGGAACCAAAAAUUAGCAGCCACAUUAUUAUUUGGAGUAACAGCGAUAUGGUAUCUUUUCGAGGUGGUUGAAUACAAUUUCGUCACCCUCUUCUGUCACAUCUGCAUCACCACAAUGCUUAUCGUCUUCAUCCGGAGCAUCACUGCUGAAUAUUUUGGAUGGAAUCCUCCGAAGAUCCCUGAGUUGAUAUCCAACGAAGAUGCCUUCAGAGAAGUAGUUUCCACCUUCCACAGGAGGUUGAAUGAAUUAUUGCGAAAAUUCCUUCACAUUGCUGGUGGAAAUGACCCACUAUACUUCUUUUCGGUACUUACUUCUCUGUACAUAAUAUCAGUGAUAGGAUCAAUUUUCAACUUCUUGGAUCUCCUGUUCGUUGGCUUUCUAUGCAUGGAAACGUUGCCGUAUCUGUAUGCUAGGUAUGAGAAGGAAGUUGAGUAUCAUGCUGGCCAAAUGACCAAAAAGGCCAGCAAAAUGUACAAAAGGUUUGAUUCUAGAGUUCUUAACAAGAUACCUAGAGGACCGGUUAAAGAGAAGAAGCGCACGUAAUAUCAAGUUAAAAUCAUCAACAUAUUGGAAUUUUAUGCAGAUGAAGAUUUCCAUAUAAACACUACAAAAUCCAUGUAUACAACAUCCGUAAGCUAAAGAUGAUAUAAUCCAACAACAUUUACAUUUUAAUUUAA